AUGCAAGCAAAGUUGCGCCACAACCAACACGCUUAUGCACAGUACAACACGACGACAUGGAAUACAUCUCAAUUAGAAAUUAAACACCAUUCGACAAAUCUAUAUUGCAGACCUGGCAGGAUCAUUGCCUCCUGUGCCAAGUUUUCUACGAUGCAUGAAAAUUUACGAUUGCCGACAAAAAGAGCAGCCAUGGCGUCACUAGGGUUGGUGUCACCCGGUGCGGUAACUCAUGGUGUCACCCCUCUCAUGACACCCCAUAGACAUACAGCAUUCUUAGCAAAAUUUAUAAAUACGAACAAUGAUAUUUUGGUGUCACCCCCUGUGAGGGUGUCACCCGGUGCGGUCCGCACCCCCCGCACCCCCCUAGUGACGCCACUGCCUUUACCCAUGUAA